CACUCCCCCACCUUCAACCUUUUCCUUUAUUUGUCCACUUCUCUGCUCCCCUCGUCGCGCGCUCUCUCUCUCGCCCGAGAUCCGGUUGGAACUCUUCUAGGUCUGUGUCUCUUAAUCGAAAACUAGUGUGUUCUCCAAAGAAAAAGAGUGAUCGAAGCUUCUUUUUUUUUCCGUUAAUCUUGGGGAUUUUCUGGAUCUUUGAGGUGGGAAUAAUUAAGAGAUGCCUCUCUAGUGAUUUUUACUGUAUUUUUUUUGAAAUUUUUGAUCCUUGAGCUGUUCUCAACUCGGGGUUCUUGAAAUCGUUUUGAGAAUUCUUUUGAUGAAACCGCGAAUCGAAUCCUAUAGUUUGAUCUGUGGCUCCGUGCGAUGAGCCGCAGGCCAAGUAUCUCCGGCAAGCCGGAGAAGUUCUCCGAGCACGUGACCACGACCAGGAAGACGGUUUCCGGCAACAAACUUGCUGGAGAUCUGAAAAGACAUGGGGCGGAGGGGCGCUGCCUGCGGAAGGUCGUCCGGAUCUCCUUCACCGACGCGGAUGCUACAGAUUCCUCGUCGAGCGACGAGGAAGCCGGCGGAAUAGCCCGGCGGCGGGUGAAGCGGCACGUGCACGAGAUAGGGAUCGAGGUGGUCCCCACGGCUCGCCAGGUACCGCUGCCGAAGCGGCCGGCGAGGGGGCCGGAGGCGAACGAUCGGAAGAGGUUCCGCGGCGUCCGGAGACGGCCAUGGGGCCGCUGGGCGGCGGAGAUCCGCGACCCGACUCGGCGGAAGCGGGUGUGGCUCGGGACCUUCGACACGGCCGAGGAAGCGGCCGCCGUGUAUGACAGCGCCGCCGUCAAGUUAAAAGGAGCCAACGCCGUCACGAACUUCCCCACCGAACCGGCGGUCGCCGUCACCAACGACUCCUCCGGCAAGAGCGACGAUUCCUCCUACCCCUUCCCCUCCCCGACGUCCGUCCUCCGUCUAGGCGGAGACCAGAGGCCGUUCGACUUUCUCGGCUACGGCGACGUGGACGCCUUCGGCUUCAGUGUGGAGCCGCCGUUGUGUUGGACGGACUUCUACUUACCCAAGCGGCAGUACUGGGAAGCGGAUGAGUUCGGCGACUUCGACGCCGACGAUUUCUCGCUCGAAAUCGUUACCUUCUAGUACUUCCAAAUACGAGGACGAAAAUACCCUAAUCACACUCAGGUGCCAGCGUGCAUCCUCCAUGGGUAGUAUCGUCUUUUCCUAUUAGCAAUUUUCCCCUGUUGAGUGUGUAACGGCGAGUUUUUGUUAGUGGAGUGGCGAUAGUUUCCUGGCUAUUUAUUCAUAUUAUUUUAUUUUAGUUAUAAAAAUGGUUAAAUUAACACAUUCUUUUUGUGUGUGUGGGACACGCGGACGUCGGGGGGAAGGAUACCGUUCCUUAAAUGCCACGCCUCUCCCGCGUGGAAAAGCCGGAGAUCUCUCCCUUCUUUUCUAAAAAAAAAAUUUAAGACAAUUGUACUCUAAUAGCAAUAAAAAUUGUGAAAUGAUCACGUUGCACGA